UGGCGGCGCAUGGGUAGCCGUGUAGGCUAUUUCAAAAAUCUUCAUCGCCGGUCCGGCGGGUCUGAAAGCCAUUUCUACUCGCUGACCUUUACGCUCGAGCUGCCCACCGCCGAACCAUGCUUUGUUGCCUACCAUUACCCAUACACCCAAAGCUUUCUUCGCUCUCGUCUGCACGCGCUACUCAAGGAGCGCCCUCCUUGGUGUCACCGAGGGCUCCUGUGCUCUUCGGCGUUGGGGAACUUGUGCGAGCUCCUCACCAUUACGGAUACUUCGCCAGAUGCUGUGGCCAAACGUCCGAUCCGACACCGCCCGGUCUUGGUUUUUAGCGCUCGUGUGCAUCCAGGAGAGACUAACAGCAGCUGGAUCAUGGACGGUUCGUUUGACCCGCUUCUUGUGUCCGCUGAGAGUGAUUUGGCUGCCGAGCUUCGUCGAAGAUUUGUCUUCAAAAUCGUUCCCAUGCUCAAUCCGGACGGUGUUGUACUGGGUAACCUUCGCUGCGCCCUCGCGGGUUGCGACCUCAACCGACAAUGGGCCGAGCCGAGUUCAACUCUUCACCCAACCGUCUUUGCUCUGAAGGCGCUCAUUCAGCGC